CUUUCCGUCUAUUGUUAUUUUUUUCCAACCGUACGGUUCGCAUUUCUUUUCUAGACCCAGGAGAUAUAAACCUUCACUUCUAGCCUAGCCCCACACAACAAGAGCGCGAAUACACUGAAUUUGAAAACAAACACGCCUAACGGCUACCUUAUAAUAUCAAUCUACCUUCUCUGUAGUAGAUUCUCAAAAACUCGGAUUCAUUUCUAAAUCUCAAGCCAUUUUCUCUUUUCUUUCAUGGAUUCCUCUACACCAGAUUUGAGGCGUCUCAAACUCAGCGCCUGCUCGAACCCGUCUAGAAAGGUCCGGAUCGUGGGCAAAGUAAGAGGCUUCUCAGAUCAAGAGUUAGGGUCUCUCAGCAACUCCAAGCCAUGGAUUACUGUUCACAAACCGCGAGAUGACGACCCUUCCGGAAAAAUCUCUAUCAUGUUUGGAGAAAAAGGAACCAGCCGGAAAGAUACUUUUGAACUAGAUUAUUGUUAUGAGCAAGGAAAAGAUGAUGUGUUGUUCUCAAGAGAGAUAAAGCCUGCUAUCUCACAUAUCUUCACUGGUAAAAAUGCUUCAGUUAUUGCAUAUGGAGCUAGAGGCAGUGGCAAAACUUUUACUGUUCAGGGUUUGGCUACUUCUGCAAUUCAUGAUAUCCUUUCAAGAGCAGAGGAAGUUGGAAAGGAAGUGUCCAUAUCUUUCUUCGAGGUGUUUCAAGAACGUGCAUAUGAUCUUUUAGAUCCAAAACAAAAUGAGGUACAAGUAUUUGAAGAUUCUCAAGGCAGGGUGAAACUUAGAGGACUUUCUCAGGUCCCAAUAAAGUCUAUAUCAGAGUUCCUAGAUAUAUAUUCUUGCAAGGGAACAUCAUUUAAACAACCACAGAAGACAUCAGUUGCACUGUUGAGAAGGAGCCAUACGGGUUUGAUUGUAAACAUUUCAUCUCCUAAAGGAAACCAGAAUGACAAACCUAUGGGUGUGAUGAACUUUAUUGACUUAGCGGGAUAUGAGGAUUCUAGAAGUAGUACUAAAGAUGGAACAACACUUGCUGAAAGCACUUGGAUAAACAGGUCCCUCCUUUCCAUAAUGAAUGUUGUGUUUGCACUCAACACCAAUGACAGUCAUGUCCCAUAUCGAGAAAACAAACUCACUCGGAUGCUAAAGGAUUCUCUGGGGGGAAACAACUUUACACUGAUGCUUGCUUGCAUGAAACCACUCUUUUGCCAAGACACCAUCUACACCGUAAGUUUGGCUUCACGGGCAUGUGAAAACAUCAGGAUUGCAAUUUGGAACUCUACAACAAAAUGUCAGAGUUCAACCAACCGAGAUAAGCAACGAGUCAUACCCACAUCAAGUGUGAAAAAGCAAAAUAUGGGCAGUGUUCAUAAUUUAUCUUUAAAAAAAAGCACUAACCUUUUGAAUGGAAGGAAGCUAUUCAGUGCUGGCAAAGCUACAACUUCUAAGAAGGAAAAAGUGCCUUUAGAUGAUUCUUUAGCCGCCAAGUCUAUGCAUCUCCACAUAACAGAAUCUUCCUUGUGUAAAGAGGAGGAGGUCCCUCUGAAUAAUUCUACUGUCACAAAGUCUGAGUUUCUUCCAGAAGACACCCUUUCCUCCAUAAAGUCUUCCUUAAGUGAAGAGGAGGCUGACUCUGUUUCCAUAUUAAGGACUUCUUCGCAUGAAGAGGAAUGUCCUCAAGAGGUGAAAAUUACUUCACCCACUCCUAGGAGGGAAGUAUUAGGAUUCACAGGUGGACAAGGUGCUGGCAUUGACAAUGACGAGAAGGAGAACAACGUUUUUAACACAAAUAAAGAUGGGUCUCCGUUACUAAGUGAAAGACUUCGAGCAUUAGCAAAUAAUUUAAAACAGUUGCAGGCUUGCACUCCUCCACUGAGUAUACAAUUGCCAGAGGGAAGCCAAGGGUUGGCUCUUCUUGACCCAGUGGAACCCAAAACUCCAGUUGCUGAAAAUGAUUUUGGUGUUAGUGAUAAUAAGAAAUUAUUUAUGACCAAGUAUUAUAGUCCUUGGGAGGAAUUCAGUGAGAAUAAUACUAAAGUAAAGGCUUCCUUUGCUCGAGAAUGUAUUAAAUUUUUGAAUAGUGCCAGCAAGGAUGAUUUAAAGCGACUUAAGGGCAUAGGAGAGAAAAGAGCUACAAACAUCCUCGAACUUCGUCAGGAAUCUCCUGAACAUUUCAAAUCACUUGAAGAUUUGCAAGAGAUUGGUCUGUCAGCAAAGCAGGUAAAGAGAAUGGUCAAAACAAUGGCCACAGAUCUUCUCGUUUAAGCGCACUUCUUCCCUGAGUUGGCAAUGGCAAUAGAGGUUGCUAUUCAUUUUUAGUGUUGAUCCUUGCUCUUUGUUUUAUAAAUGUUUGGUUAUGUAAUGACAGUAUAUCAAUAUACAAAUACUUGUCAUAUAUUUAAUAUGAGAGUCAAAGGUAAGCAAUGCUUUCUAU